GCCAUGUCGCUGAGCCCCAAGCACACGACGCCCUUCUCGGUCACCGACAUCCUCAGCCCGAUGGAGGAGAGCUACAAGAAGUUCGGCGGCAUGGACGGGGCGGGCGGGCUGGGCGCGCCCCUCGGGCCCUACCGCCAGCCGCCGGUGCCCGCCGCCGCCGCCGUGCCGCAGCACGUCGUGGCGGGCCCCACCGGGGCGGCCGCCUACCACAUGCCCCACGGCGUCUCCCAGUUCCCGCACGGCGCCGUCGGGGGCUACUGCAACGGCGGGCUGGGCAACAUGGGCGAGCUGCCCGCCUACCCCGAGGGGAUGCGGAGCGGCGCGGCGGCGGGCGGCGGCUGGUACGGGGCCGGCGGCGACCCCCGCUACUCCAGCAUCUCCAGGUUCAUGGGCCCGUCGGCGGGGAUGAACGUGGCCGGGAUGGGCGGCCUGAGCGGCAUCGCCGAGGGCGCCAAGGCCAUCGUGCCGCUCCACGCGGCCCCGCGGAGGAAGAGGAGGGUGCUCUUCUCCCAGGCGCAGGUCUACGAGCUGGAGCGGCGCUUCAAGCAGCAGAAGUACCUGUCGGCGCCGGAGCGGGAGCACCUGGCCAGCCUGAUCCACCUCACCCCCACGCAGGUGAAGAUCUGGUUCCAGAACCACCGCUACAAGAUGAAGCGCCAGGCCAAGGACAAGGCGGCCGCCCAGCAGCUGCACCCCGACGGCGGCGGCCUCUGCCAGCAGCACUCGCCGCGCCGCGUCGCCGUGCCCGUGCUGGUGAAGGACGGCAAGCCCUGCCCGCCGCCGGGCAGCGGCACCCCGGCCCCCGGGCAGCCCGCCCCCCCGCCCCCCGCCGCCUCCGCCGGGGCGCUGCCCGCCGCCGCCCCCGCCGCCCACCCGCACCCCGGCUCGCUGGGGCAGGCGGCCGACCUGGAGGAGCUCUCGCCCAGCCCGCCGGCGCUGCACGGCCAGGUGCCCCCCCUGGCCCCCAUGGACUCGGCCGGCGUCGACUACAACGGCGGCAUGGUCAGCCCCAACCUGCUCUACGGCAGGACGUGGUAA